AUCCCAUCAUCUCCUCUCGUAGUUUCCACCACAAUACAUAGCACAAUCUCACGACCUCAAAGAAGCUAGAAAGAGUUCCAUUUUGGCCAAGAAAUCAUGGCCAAGUCCUUUGUGGUGCUGGUAGCUGCUGUGUUGGCGAUGCUGAUGGCCAUGGAGGCAGCAUUUGCUGCCGAAUAUGGUACUCCGAAAGGCAGCAACAACAACAAUAACAACACCAACAGCAACAACAACAACGGCAACACCAACAACAGCGGCAACACCAACAACGGCAACAACAAUAACAACAACAAUAAUAACAACAACGACAACAACAUCAACAUCGGCGGAAACGGGAACGGGAAGAAGAAGGGCCCGACGGAGAAGGACUUCGACGACUUGCCCGGCGAAGGGAACGGGCUGGAGAGGCACAAGUGCAAGGCCAAGUCCAAGUGCAAGAACAAGAUCCUCGUCUGCCCACCAGAGUGCCCCUCCAAGAAGCCCAAGAAGAACAAGAAGAGCAAGGGUUGCUUCGUCGACUGCAACCGCAACUGUGAGGUUGUUUGCAAGUUCAGGAGGCCAAACUGUGAUGGAUAUGGCUCCCUUUGUUACGAUCCGCGAUUUGUCGGUGGCGAUGGAGUGAUGUUCUACUUCCAUGGAGCUAAAGGAGGUAACUUCGCCAUCGUCUCUGACGCCGACUUUCAGAUCAACGCCCACUUCAUCGGGACCCGACCCGAGGGAAGGACCCGAGACUUCACGUGGGUGCAAGCCCUCAACCUCAUGUUUGACUCCAACAACCUUGUCAUCGCCGCCAAGAGGCUGUCCAGCUGGGAUGACGCCGUCGACGCCCUCACCGUCAGGUGGAACGGCGACGAGAUCACCCUCCCCACCGAGGGAGACGCCGAGUGGAGCACUUCCACUGGAGAAAGCCGGAGCGUGGUGGUGGAGAGGACCGCCGACACGAACAGCGUGAAAGUUAGGGUUUCGGGGCUGGUGGAGAUGAACAUUAGGGUUCGGCCCAUCGGGAAAGAGGAGGAUAGAGUGCACAACUACCAGAUCCCGAACGGCGACGUUUUUGCUCACCUCGAGACGCAGUUUAAGUUUGAUAACUUGUCGGAGAAGGUGGAGGGAGUUUUGGGCAAGACCUACCGUCCUGACUACGUCAGUCCGGCGAAGGUUGGCGUGCCGAUGCCGGUUUUGGGAGGGGAGGAUAAGUACAAAACGCCGUCUCUUAUGUCGCCUCUUUGCAAGGUUUGCAGGUUCCAACCUGCCGCAGCAAUUGCCUCAGCUUAAAAGAGAUUCACAACAAGAAGAAGAUAGAGAGAGUAUUACACUGCUAUUUGAGUAAAGCAAAAUUAUUGCAUGCAUAUUUAUUCUUUUAUGUUCCUGAUGAAAGGGUACAAAUAUUUUCGUUGGCGAAAAAAUAAGACCUACCUAUCUAUCUACCCAUUAUAUGUUGUUAUAGUAAAUUUAUUAUAAGCAAAUUUCAAUGCUAAAUUUUAUGCAUGAGAAAGCUUGUGUGUUUUGUUUUUUCCUGGAUUGGAGGGAACUCAAGCAAGGUGCGCAUUUAUCUCUCUUUUUGCUUAUUCUCAUGUUUGUGAUUUAUUUUGCAUCUUGGACACUAUUUAAGCUCAAGGUUUAGUUGAGGGUUUCUUCAUGAAUGAGCUAUGAAUUAAGAAUUGAGAAGGUCCCUCACAUCUUUAUGCUCACAACAUCUUGUUUUUCUGUGACGCUUAAGAGAAGUAGGUUUGUUUUCUUCUUGUAGUUAUGACACUUUUUCAAACUAUCUAAAAAAUGUGUUGAAUUUGCAUAAGAGUUCUAUGAUGAUUGCUUUUAUAGUCCGUCGACAGGAAAGAAAAACUCUUUCAUAUCUCAUGUAAGUUGUGAAAGAGCACAAUAGGCACACACGCACCACAUCAAAUGCUCUAGUUUGAACAACUCUAUUACAUAAUGUAAUUCAUGGUUUUCAAAUCCUCUCAUCUCAAAUCUUUUGCAGUUUUAGCUUGAUCAGUGGUGAGUUCUCUCCCUGCUGCUAGCUAGUUCAGUGAUCCCAGCAAUCACCACUUGCCAAUACUAUGUACUUUGAUCUGAGUAAAUUUUUCAUCAACAUACUCUUGUGAUCAUAAUUCCCAUCGAACAUGGUAAUGCAUACUUGUGCAAAGCUGCUUUCUUUCUCAUUUCUUUUCUCUCACAAUAAUCACCUUGACACCUAGUGAUAGACUGAUUUACUCCCCUUUCCCAUAUGCUUCCUCACAAGAUCAUAGGGGUGGGCAACGGGAAACGGGUAUUUGGGUAUACCCAUACCCGUCCCGUUUUUUUAGGGUAACGGGUACCCAAAUACCCGUUUUAUAAUUGCGGGAUGGGACUUGGGAUUGAUAAUUUCAAAAGCGGGUACCCGCGGGUUACCCGUUUAUACCCGUUUGGGUAUAACGGGUACCCGUUUUACCCGAUACACAAUAGCUGCCCAAAAUUCAUAUCUACCAACCCAUGCACCCGAGCCCAGGCGUGAGGCGUCUAGGCCCAUCUCCUCUCUUCGCGGAGUCUCAAACUGGAAUGGCCUGGCCUGGCUUAUCUCCUCUCCCUCUCUCGGCGGCGACAGGCAACUGCUAGUGCUCGUGGACGACUCGUGCAAAACCAUUCCCUCGCGGCCGCCCAGCAGACCUAGAGAAGACGAAUAGUGACGCCGCCGGCCGCUCCUCUCCUCUAUAUCUCAGCCCGACGUCGUCGCCCGCUCCUCUCCUCUAGAUCUCCCUCGGAAGCAGACGAGAAGAACGAAUCCUCGAAUUCUCUCCUCUGGCGACGCCGACAAUGACUUUGGAGCUCCUUCUCUGUCGCACCCGACGCUGGCAACCAUAACAUAGCUUCUGAAUUGUUCAGUUCGUUUUUGGGUAAGUUGGAUUGUUCAAUUCAUUUUCGAGCUAAUACAGAGGUUAGGCCUCAACCACUGAAUCAUAGUGGAACAAUGAAUCUUAUAUCCCUGGAUGGCUGCUCUUUGUUUGUUUUGGAUUCUAAUCUCUAUCCGAUGUGAUUUGGUCAAAUGUCAAUGGAGGUUUCAAGGUGAUUCUAAGCUCGUCUUUGGAUUUUUAAAAGAGCAUAUUGUUGGAUAAACAGAUCAAGUUUUG